AUGAAAUUUGCGAAAUAUCUUCAGGAAGAGGUCGUGCCUGAAUGGAGAAAGGCCUACAUUAACUACAAGCAGGGCAAGAAACACCUCAAGGCCAUCGAGCGUGUCCUCGACGAACUCGACCUCGAAGCUGCUCAGGCACUCGAGGCACAUGAAGCACACGAGGCCCUCCAAGACACCCUCUCCCCUCUCCCCACAUUCACCCACCUUCCUCAUCCUGGUUCUCUCCCUCCAACGACAACAUCAGCAACAACAACAACAGAACCAGAUUCAACAGCAUCAACGCCCAUCAUGUCGAGGAGGCGCGGGAAUGGUCGAAAUUACUCCUCGAUCAAUUUUCUCCCUCCACUCGGCACCUCGACCACCAACACAAACACAACCAGCUCUCGUGGACCCUUGGCGGAAGAGGAUGAGGAUCGUUCAGCGUUGGGAGGCCGGACCUUGAGUGGAGAGGGAGAUGAUGGUGACGAGGAAUCGGCAAGGACGGUUCGUCCAAAGAAGGAGUUUGAUGGUCUGCGACAGUCGUUGGGGUCGACGGCCUUCCAGUUUGGCCAAACGGCCCGAUCUCAGAGCUCACAGCUACUGAAGAAUCUAUCCAGGCGGUUUACCAUUAUCGGCACCUCCGAGAUUCCAGUUCGUGUCCGAUCCAUUCAGAAUAGCAUCCUUGACCAGCUCCUUCCUGAAGAACAGAUCUUCUUCAAGUUCCUCGACUCGCAGCUCGAACUCGUCAACUGCUUCUAUCAAGAAAAGGAGCUCGAGGCAGUAACAAAGCUCAAGGUCAUCCAACAACAGCUCUUUGUCGCCAGUCAAUGGAAGCGCCGCUAUGACGACCACAUGGCAAGAGCAAAGGCGGAACAUGGAUGGUACGCGGCCGAAUGGUCGCGUGUCAGGAAGGGGUUCGACAACCUCAUCAGGGUCGACACUGCUGUCACAGAGGACGUGACCCUGGGCUCUAAAAGGUCGGGCCUAACACCCGUCGGUACCUUCAACGGAGGACAAGGUGGAAAAUUGGAUUCUGAGCGUAUUCUCCAUCAUCGCGGUCUGGGAAGUACUGUCGACAACCGAUUCGGGAUUAAUCGCAAGGCCGGCCUGGAUGCCCAUGCAUUGGCGUAUCAGGAAGAACUCGAGCUCCAGGAAGAGGAGGACCGGCGGCAAUACUUGAAUCACAAGGUGGCACGGACCAGGAUCAAGGCUGCGCUGUAUGAGUUCUACCGGAGUCUGGAGAUGAUCAAGAACUACAAGGUCCUCAACCACACUGGAUUCGCCAAGAUCUUGAAAAAGUUUGACAAGACUGCUGGCUGGAAGGGGUCCAAGCCCUACAUCAACUCGCGACUGAAGCCGGCCUACUUCAUGACCUCGGGCGUGAUCGAGGAUCUCAUCAAGGAGACAGAGGAUUUGUUUAUUGAGACCUUUGAGAAGGGCCAUCGACGACGGGGUAUGGCCAAACUUAGGAUACCCGACUCCAAGAAUCAAACGCAUCAUUUUACAACAACAAGAAUCGGGAUGUACAUGGGACUGGCGGCACCAUUGAUGUUUCAGGCACUCCAGGCUGCGUUCUCGAGCGAGACUCCCACCGAAGUUCCCUACUGGGAUGGUUUACUGCUUGUGUAUGGAGGACUCUUUCUCACGUUCCUCUUUGCAUGCCUGUUUGGCAUCAACAUGUAUGUUUGGGCCAAGGCGAGGAUCAACUACAAGUUCAUCUUUGAGUUUGACCCAAGAGACAACCUCGACUAUCAUGAAUACUUUGAGCUACCGAUCCUACUGAUUCUGUUGUUGACGCUGGCGGUUUACCUCGACUUUGAAUCCAAGCUCACGCAGCAUGUGGCGACAGCAUACUGGCCUCUUAUCCUUAUGUCGAUCACAACGGCAAUCAUUUUCUGUCCUCUCCCGAUCGCCCAUUUCACGGCACGUCGCUGGUUCAUCUCGAGUAUCGGACGUAUUCUUGCGAGUGGCUACUAUCGAGUCGAGUUUAGAGAUUUCUUCUUGGCGGAUGAAAUGAACUCGCUCUCGUACUCGAUUGAGCAGUUCGAGUUUGCUAUGUGCGCCUAUUCUGAGGAAUGGGAGGACCUUGCCCUACCAGCCUGGUUCCGCUUCCUCCAAUGCCUCCGCCGAUACCGCGACACGCUCGAAUGGUUCCCCCACCUGGUCAACGCCGGGAAAUACUCUGCCAGUCUCAUCAACCUUUUUGUCUACUUUUCCUUCCGACACUAUGGCGGCGCUCAACUGAAAACCGCCUGGAUCUUUGUCUCGACCGUCACCAGCUUCUAUACCUUUGCUUGGGAUAUUUAUAUGGAUUGGGGGUUGUUCCGGUUUGGCAAGAAUGGCGGGGGUGCGAAUGGACAUCCGUUCCUGAGACAGGAGUUGGUUUAUUCGAGGACCUGGGUUUAUUAUAUGGCGAUUAUUUUGGACUUUGUGGGGCGGUUUUCGUGGACAGUGAGGCUGAUCCCAAUGAAUGUCAAUGUCAUGGUUCUUUCAUUUGCUUUGGCAUUUCUGGAGGUUCUCAGGCGGUGGCAGUGGAACUUUUUCCGUCUAGAGAACGAGCACCUGAACAAUUGUGGUCAAUUCCGCGCAAUCAAGGAUAUCCCCCUCCCAUUCCACAUCCGCGUCCAGGGCGAAUCCGACGAGGAGGAGGAGGAGGAGGACGAAGACGAUAACAGCGAUCAUAACAGAAGUAGCAACCAACAAUACCCACAUGAGGACCCGGAUUUUGUUGUCCACCAGGAGGGAGUCUUCCACCUCCACGACGACGAUCAAGAGCUGGAAGAUCUCGAUCAGGAUGGUCAUUUUGCGGAUCGGGACUCGAUCAUCCCACAGAUGUCUAUGGCUUCUUCCCCGCGCCGGUCAGGGUUUGGGGCUGGUGGCGGUGGAGGAGGAGGUCUGGUCCGAUCGUCGAGCUCGCAGAGCAGUUUCUUUGGCGCGUUCAGUAACGGCAGCCAUGCCCAUGGGUUGUCGAACCUGGGAUCCAGUGUUGGUGCUGGAAUUGGUACCGGCGGCAGUGGUGGUGGUGGUGCUGGUGCAGGAGAAGGUGGAGUAGCAGGACAAAACCGUGAGGCCAGCAAGAGUCGAACCUCGAUCCAUUCAGCAACCUCGCUUCCUCAACCCCGACAACCCUACGGCGGCAUGGCCCAACGAUCCUUCAGUCACAGCAGUACGACCCAAGGCAUCGCCGGCGGAGGAGGUGGAGAUAUGACAUCCUUGAAAACGAAACAGAGUAUGUCUUCCUUGAGGACGAAACGGAGCAGGGCCAGCCUCCGCGACUCUGUGAAGGCGGGAACGGCAGCCAGCAACACGAGUCUCCAUCAUCCGUUCAGUACUUCGCGCAGCAACUCGUUCGUCGACACUGCAGUCGCCGAAGCCGGAUUCACGGGUUCCCAACGAGAGAUCUUGGAGUCAGAGACGGCCAGCAGCAAAAAGUUUUAUGACCGCCGCGAUUUCGAUUCCAAGAUCAUCGAGGUUGAAAGGAGUAGUGACCUUUGGAGGCGACAACCACGCGCUCCAAAAGAGAGGGCUAUGACUGGUGGGGCGACUUCUUUGCAUGGAUUGCAGGCUCUAAGCGCUGAUAGUGUCUUAGGUGGAGGUGGAGGAGGAGGGUUGGAUGAGAGGAUUAUGGACUCGGAGAGACGGGCGAGGUCGCAGGUGGUGGUUCCGAGACGCAAGAUGAGUAUGGGAACGAGGAUGCGGAAUAGUAUCUUUGGGCGGGGGCUGAGUAGUGAUUCUGACGAUGAUGAGGAAGCUGAUACCGAGUAG